AUGAAGCAGAAAAAGAAUAAUAAAUUUGCUUUACUGAUAACUUUUCUAAAGAUGAUGUUUUUGAAAUAAGAAUAAGUGCAAAUUCAUCAAAUUAUAGUGUAAAAAUAGCUGAGGCUAACACUGAAUCAAUUGAUAGUUUAUAUGAAAGAAAAGGAUCUUGGGAACAUAAUUAUUAAUAUUAAUCAACUUCUGCUACUGCUCAUAUUAGAUGCUGUUUAACAAAUUUUGAGAAUGGUUUUAUCAUUUUUAAUAUUACAUAUAAAACUGGAUCAGAGUUGGCUAAUAUGGGUAAAGUAGCAAAAAUUUCAGAUUUAAAUUAGAUGGGAGAAAUCAUCAAAAAAUUAAAUUCUUCUUUGGAUGAUAUCAAAAGAGAGAGAUCUUUCUCAAUUGAAAAACAUGAUUAUAUGUCUAAAUUAUAAGGCUCAAUUUCUAAAAAGCAAAUUACUUUUGGUUUUUUAUGUUUAGGUUUAUCUAUGA